AAUGCUGCUGAAUGGUUAGUGGCGAUGAGGGUUAGGAACGGAUCCUACUUCAGUAUUAUUCGGACUAGAUGCCGUCGGUGAUCACCGGAGGUAGAGGAAGUCGCCACCGCCGUUGGCCCGCUAAAUGGUGCGGGUAGGGCUUCUAUUCUGGGACCUUAUUAUGUCUUUCAUGUGGGUUUGGUCGGGUGCACUCGUCAGAAUCUUCGUGUACUCUUUCCUGCAAUUAGGGCGAAGCCCGGAGGGAGAAACGCUCAAGGUUGUUCUCUCGGUCUUUUAUAUGUUCUUCUUUGCAUGGCUUGCCGUCGUAAGCAGGGGCGGUGCUUAUAAUCCGCUGACGGUUCUCUCCUCGGCCUUUUCUGGAAAUCUUGAUGGGUUUCUUUUCGCUGCCUUUGGGAGAAUUCCAACGCAGAUAGUUGGAUCAGUUGCAGGGGUGAAGUUAGUUAAAGAAGUUUUCCCUAUAGUAGGGCAUGGAGCUCGCAUGAAUGUCAAUAUUCAUCAUGGGGCAUUAACGGAAGGAGUUCUCACAUUCAUGAUCGUUAUGGUUUCUCUUGGGUUGAAGAAGAAAGAUCCUAAAAGCUUUUUUAUGAAAACAUGGAUUUCAUCUAUUGCAAAAUUGAGCCUUCAUGUUUUGGGUUCUGACCUAACUGGAGGAAUAAUGAAUCCUGCCUCUGCCUUCGCCUGGGCUUAUGCUCGAGGGGAUCACAUAACUCUGGAGCAUAUUUUAGUAUAUUGGCUUGCACCCAUCCAGGCUACAAUCCUGGCUCUUUGCUCAUUCAGAUUGUUUUGCGGGCCUAAAGAGAGCCAGCAAAAGCUUAAAGCGGAGUGAGAAGGUUUUUUUUCAAAGGUGUGUUCAUUCCUUAUUUGUGCUGUUGUAAUUAGUUAAAUGCAGCUUGUAAAUGAUGGCAUGGCUGUUUCCUUAAUUAUAGCUCAGUCAUCUUGUUUAUGGCCUUGUUGGGACAGCUUUCUUACUGCAUCUUAAAAUAAGUUUUCAGUAUAAAAAUUAAAAUUUUUGUACUAAAAAAUUGUUUUUAAAAGCAGCACGAAAGUUGGCCCAAACGAGUCUAUAUCUUUACCUUGUAGCAUAUUUGAUUGUCCAACAUAUUCUUAUAUAAGAGUCCAAUAAUCUUGAUGGAUGUGGAUAUAAUUUUGGAUUUAAAGUUGUGUUUGAAAUGGAUAUUUAUUUCAGCAGUAUUGUAC